GAAGGAUAAACCAAGGCUGUAUAAUGCCAGAGCUCGUGAUAUACAUUUAUAGUAAUUCAGGCCUACUACAUGUAUUCUUACGUGCAUACUAAAAUGCUCCACAGGAACUCGUACGUAUCUGGGGCCAGGAUGAUAAUAAAGGUAUCCAAAUCAGUAGUUGCUUUAACAUACGUGUGCUGGUAAAAGGAACGCUAAAGUACAGAAUGACUGAAAGCGAUAUUUGUGGAUUGGAAACAGGCAACACCAACAAAGGGAUCAAAUUAGCAGCGUCUCACAUCCAGUUUACGGUUGGCUUCGGUCGUUAGGUGCGUGGAAAGCGUUUUGCCCCUACCACGGAGCUUUCUUAUCGACACAUUUGAUACCCUAAACCUUGGAUCUUUGAUCUCAAGAAAACCAUUGUCUACUUUGCUGCCGUCUCCAGUCGGCAUUGGUAGGCGCGGAAUAAGUAGGUAGUGGAAAUCGCCAGCGAAGUGUAUGUCACUCAACAUUCAGGUAGUUUUCAGCAGUUCUUCUUUCCACAGCUAAACUGCUGAAUGACAAAACAGAGAUUCACUACUUGAAUCCACUUUUAGAUUCCAGUGAUAUGCACGUUGUUCGGGAAACAUUUGGGAAUUCAUUUAUUUUAAUGAUGCGCCUGUACGUUUCACAGUAUUCCACGCGCCUCCAACCGAAAUGGUCAGGGUUACAGGUAGCAUACCCAUAAUGUACCACCCUCGAAAUGACCACUUCGAAUGUCCAAGUUUAAGAAAACCGCCAUCGGUACCUUUAACGUCAACAGUUGAUAUUCCGAAUUCACGAGUACAUAAGUCCACCAUGAGUUGUCCGGCUUCUACGACUCAGCACUUGUCUCAUGCUCGUAGAUAUCAAAAAUUUAAACCAGCCACCCAAUCGACUUAUCGCUGGACUGCACUAUCAAUCGAACUCCCGUUGUAGCGUACAGCCAAUCAGCUGUACAAAGCGAGAGUGAUAGAAGGUUGGUUUGCGUCAGCUUUUUGGUUGCUUUCAGGCCAAAAGUUGACAGAACACAACCGAAACGCACUUUACAUUUGGUUCACACGAGUGAACAUAAUUUGCACACGCUAAUUUGACAACAAGGUGCACAGUCUGUGCUUAAGCUCCAAUCAGCGUGCGAACAAGGUUCAGUAGCGGGUGAGUCCUACUGCUUGCACCCUGUGCAUGUAGUUUCGGCUGCGUCGCACACAAACACUGAACUACAGCUGUAAGCCACUGACCAUUCGGCGUGAUUUGUUAUUGUCGACAUGCCUCUGACAGAUGUUAAUCAAGUCACCACGAGUCUAAAUACACUGCAGCUAAGGGAUGCGGCCACCUCGUCGUCCAUUUCGUCACAUCACGUAAUUGCUGUUGGUAGGCAGGUGAAGCAAUUUACAAUGAAUUCUCCUACUUGUGUCCUUGGAAAGCAAGGGAACCAAAAUGCUGCUGCUUUAUCCCCCGAGGAAGGGAUCGGUAAAACACGGGAUUUCAUAAACUGCCCCAUUGUCCAAGAAAACGGCCAGCGUCGAUACGGUCCGCCGCGUGGUUGGAAAUCAGACCCUCCUCCCAGAGGUUGCGAAGUGUUUAUUGGAAAGAUACCCAGAGACUGCCUUGAGGAUGAACUGAUUCCGGUCUUUGAGCAAAUCGGUCCGAUAUACAUGUUUCGUUUGAUGAUGGAAUUCAACGGAUCAAAUAGGGGUUAUGGAUUCUGCGUGUACACUAAUCGGGAAGACACGAAAAGAGCAGUACAGGAAUUGGACAAUUAUGAGAUCAGGAAAGGGAAAACUAUUGGGGUCUGUUUCAGUGUUGACAACUGUCGCUUGUUCGUCGGUGGCAUACCAAAGAGCAAGACGAGGGAAGAGAUAAUGACUGAAAUGAAGCGAGUGACGGAAGGUGUCAAAGACGUUAUCUCUUACCCCAGUGUGAACGAUAAGUCAAAAAAUCGGGGUUUCGCGUUCGUGGAGUACGAAAGCCACAAAGCAGCUGCGAUGGCUCGCCGGAAGCUUAUCCCGGGACGCAUCCAGCUGUGGAACCAACAGAUUGCAGUAGACUGGGCCGAACCGGAAAGGGAGGUCAAUGAAGACAUUAUGUCCAAAGUGAAGAUUCUCUACGUACGAAAUCUUAUGCUUUCCACUACCGAAGAGUCACUCCGUGAACACUUUGUCAAGGCUGCCGGGGGCGACCCAAAUUGCAUCGAGCGUGUGAAGAAGAUAACCGAUUACGCAUUUAUUCACUUUAAGGAGAGAGAGCAGGCCGAAAUUUGUCUCAACAUUCUCAACGAUACCACAAUUGAUGGUUCAAAAAUUGAAGUGAGCUGGGCCAAACCAGUGGACAAGAGCGAAGCUAACAUUCGGCAGCAGUCUAAUCACACAACGAACAAACUUUUCGGCGAACUUGAUUUGGGUAAAGAGCUCCGGUCGAAUAACCCUCUGCUGAUUGACCCCAGGACAAGCUCGAGUCUGUCUAGCACAACUGGUUUACUCUCUCAUCUAGAUCCCUCCAUCCCUUUUAUGCUCUCCCAUAUGGGACAGCACGCAGCAAUCUCUCCGGAUAUUUUACCCAUGAAUCCAACGUUGCCAUCAUCCUCGGGAGCUACUAUGAAUAUUGGAAGCCCUGGGUAAGUUCA